UUCUCAACACAACAUUGAAACUAAUAAUUUCCUCAAAAUUGAUUUUAGGUUUUGAGAAAUUGUUAGUUGUCCGACUCCAACUGCAACACCACCUUUCUAUUCUUUUCUUAACAAAGGAACUGCAUAAUUUACCUUUGCUAUUCUCUACUGUUUGCUCCUCUCUCUCUCAUCAGAGAUUCUACUCUGUCUACACCUUCCCCUCUUUAGCAAUGGCCACAUUCGCGCGAACAAAUCCACUAACAAUCGCCACUCACCUCAUCAAAUUACUAACUCGAUCUUCCGAUUCUCGAAGCCUCAGCGGCAUCGUUAGCACUGACCUCAUCACUUCUCAUACCCAAAAAUGGAUGCAGGAUACAAGUACAAAGUCCCCUAUGGAGUUGAUCAAUGAAGUUCCACCUAUCAAGGUAGAGGGCCGGAUCUUUGCCUGUGAAGGAGAUAAUAAUCCUGCAUUGGGGCACCCAAUUGAGCUCAUAUGCCUUGAUAAGGAGGACCCCGCUGUCUGCAAGUAUUGUGGUUUGCGCUAUGUGCAAGACCAUCAUCAUUAGGUGUUGGAUGAAAAGAAUGGCCGUUUGGUUUUAAGCUGUAACUUUCUUACAAUAUACUGCAGUUUGUCUCCUUAAAAUAAGGUUCAUUCAUAUAUUCUGAAAGGAAGUUGCUUGAUCCGCAUA